AAAGGCAAAUUCUCCCGCUAUCCUAAAAUUGCAAGUCAUUUGAAUCACUCCAAAAGAUUAACAUAAAAGGGGGAGUAAAUUCCUUCCUCUUCACAUUCCCAAAGAAGAACAAUGGCUUCAAUCAAACCCUCAACUCGCUAUGCUAACAGCCUUAACAGCUCCACAAAAUCUGACCCUUCUUCAUCCACCGAGUUCCCAACAUCACGCACCACCUCGCGCGCCGUCACGAAAGCUACCUCCAAUAAAAACGUCACUGCCACCGACAACAUUAAUCUGAGCUUCAUGGUCAAGAAAUUUAUGGAAAACAAGAAGGCAAAGAAUUCAAGUAAAGACCCAAAAUUCAUUGUGGCAGCUGAUUUUUUAGCCGAGGAUUUGAAAAAGAAUAGUGCCAAGAAGGCUACCGGAUUAAGUGGGCUGCACAAGAAGUUAUUCAAGGGUUCAUCAGGGGCAAAAAAGGGAGAUGAAAGCUCGAAGAAGGCGUUGACUGAGGUCAAAGGAAAUACAAGGACUUUGGCUAUGGUGUUGAGGAGUGAGAGGGAGCUGUUGAGUGCAAAUAAGGAGCAGGAGCAGCAGAUAGCUGAGCUCAAGUUUGCUACUUGAAGAGAAAAAUGGAGAGGGAAUAUGUCGAGAAGCUGAAAGAUUUGUGCUUGAAGCAAAGGGAAGAAAUAAAGUCUCUUAAAAGUGCCAUACUUUUCCCAGAUGUGAUGAAUUCACAACUUCAGGAGCUUUUGGAGAAGCAGGGUUCGGAACUUCAGCAGGCAAAACAACUUAUCCCGAGGCUUCAGAGACAAGUCACUUCUCUUACCGGCCAACUUCAAUAUCUUGCCGAGGAUCUAGCUGAGGUGAAGGCUGAGAAAUAUUCAUCGGGAGGAUAUUGUGACGAUCAUGUUAACUCUCCAAGGACACCGUCAUACGAUCAAGAUGAAGAAGCAAAUUCUCUGUUUGGUAACGAGUUCAGCUCAGGAGAUUACACGGCAGGCAGUCCAGAUGACAUGUUUCUCAAAGAUUUAAAUCCCUGCCUAACGCCUAAUUAUGCCAAGACAAAGUCUAAGGAAUUUGAUGCAUAUAAUUCCCCAGAUGAGGUGUUUAAGUCCAAUAUGCAAAAUUGCAAUGGAUUUAACACAUGUACCAGGAAGCUAUCUAAAAGUUCGGACCGUAGCCAAUGCUCAAAGACAGGAAGUGGUUCCAUUCGUGUAGCUUGGAGGUCAGAUGAAAGCAAAUGCAACUACAGAAAGCCAAUGAAUAAUAAACUUUAUCUAAUACUCAGGAACUUUAAAAUUUUUCUUGAGCAUUUUUACUUUGUUCCAGCAUCCUACUCUCCGUUGCAAAAAUUUGAAACCUUUGUAUGGUCAGAAUAUUCAGUUUUCUUGUGUUGUAUUGGAUAUACUGGCUAAAUUGCCAAUUUAAUCAUUUUAGCCCA